AGGGCUGUUUGUUUGUGUGUCGCCUUGCGCUCGGAUGCGCUACGCGGUAAACAUCUCUUGUGUAUACGUGCAGCAAGUGUCUGUUAGUAUCGAGGCUCGUUGUGAUGCUUUUAUGCCCUGUUAAUGGCAUUGUUUCGUGGCACAUCGGUGUGAGAUGAAAUGGAUCGUACUUACGUCGUAUGUAUGGAGCAGCAGCAGAUGGUGGACACAUGCCACCACUCAUCACUGAGUAACUCGAUUCCUAACAGCAGUGUGCUAAGGAAGGUGGCCAGCCCCACAGUAGAUAAGAGUAUGAUUGAGCAGAGGGUCAGGCGGCCACGCUUUGUGCCAGAGAACCUUGAUUUCCAGAUCUACCAGAAGUUCAAAGGCCUAAUACUGGUAAACUGGUUCCUGUCAGCAUUUCCAGAUGGCCACUACCUGAAGCUCUAUCUGUCAGACCAGGACUUAACAAUUCUUGCAGUGCAAUUUUGCACUCAUCUUCUGGCAGCUGGUGUAAUAUGUCAAAUAUCUGAUAAAGAUGCUGCUGUGGACACUGUCUUCCAGCUGGACCUGAUGUAUUACUGGGCCCACACAGAGGCACCAGCAGCAGCACCCCCAACCCCAACCCCUGGGAAACUGAGAAGUUCAGCUUGGCCUUCUCCUAGCCCAGCAGGAAUUCCACAGGAGUCUGUCAACACUGACACAAUUCGACCUGUAGCUCACUGCACAGAAGCUGAAUACCAGCUAAUGAUUAUUGGCCUGAAACGAGAACACCAUGAAACUCUAAACAGGCUGAUACGAAAUCAGGAAGUAGCUUUAUUCAACCUCAGGGGGAAGCAUGCACAGAAGGUCUUUGAGUUAGAACAGAGGAUAACUGAGCUUGAAGAGCUCAUUGACUCUUUGAGGCAACAAAUGGAAGCAAACAAGACCAUAGCUGAUGCAGAGUCACUGACAGCCAAAACAAGAUCUGAUUCUGACUGUCCAACAGGAGUAGUAUCUUCCAAAUUUUUCUCUGAGAAGAACCAGAAUAAAAUUAAAACUAAAUCCGAUGACAUGGUUGUAAUGAGAGCUUUGCCUGCAAUUAUUGAAGAACAACCAGGGAAACAUGAAAAUGACAUAAAGAAAGUGAUCAUAACAUGUGCAAAAGCAACAGAUACUAAAGACUUGAUACAGGUGAGGGAGCAGUGUAUCUCAGCUAUGCUGCCUCUUGAAGACUCUACUAUGAAAAUGUCAAGUGAGCGAACUCCAUAUGAAAAUAAGGAAAUAUCAAGAGCAGUUGGCAUCCAACAUCAAAAUUCAGAUUUAUCUGCUGAAGUUGGAGCAACAGAGAGAGCAUCUCCCAAAAAGUAUGUACCCGAAUCAGUGCAGAGUCCAGUAUCUGUGAGAAAACAAGUUUCUUAUGAUCAACAUAAAACUACCUGUUCUGACAGUCAUCCCCAGUGCCCAGCUCUACGACUUUUGCAGUCCCUUCCACCCACUGGAAUGGAAGGUCCAGUACCAUCACUGCCUCCACCGCUGCCCCAUGGGAUUGGAGAGGCUCCCAUCCGUCACCCCCUCCACUCCCUGGGACGGCGGCCCCUCCGCCGCCCCCUCCGCUCCCUGGGACGGGGGCCCCUCCGCCGCCCCCUCCGCUCCCUGGGACGGGGGCCCCUCCGCCGCCCCCUCCGCUCCCUGGGACGGGGGCCCCUCCGCCGCCCCCUCCGCUCCCUGGGACGGGGGCCCCUCCGCCGCCCCCUCCGCUCCCUGGGACGGGGGCCCCUCCGCCGCCCCCUCCGCUCCCUGGGACGGGGGCCCCUCCGCCGCCCCCUCCGCUCCCUGGGACGGGGGCCCCUCCGCCGCCCCCUCCGCUCCCUGGGACGGGGGCCCCUCCGCCGCCCCCCUCCGCUCCCUGGGACGGGGGCCCCUCCGCCGCCCCCUCCGCUCCCUGGGACGGGGGCCCCUCCGCCGCCCCCUCCGCUCCCUGGGACGGGGGCCCCUCCGCCGCCCCCUCCGCUCCCUGGGACGGGGGCCCCUCCGCCGCCCCCUCCGCUCCCUGGGACGGGGGCCCCUCCGCCGCCCCCUCCGCUCCCUGGGACGGGGGGCCCUCCGCCGCCACCUCCGCCCCCUGGGACGGGGGGCCCUCCGCCGCCACCUCCGCCCCCUGGGACGGGGGGCCCUCCGCCGCCACCUCCGCCCCCUGGGACGGGGGGCCCUCCGCCGCCACCUCCGCCCCCUGGGACGGGAGGGCCACUGCUACCCCCUCCGCCCCCUGGGAUGGGAAUCCCUCCUCCUCCUCUUCCUCCUCUAGGAGCAGUUGGUGGUCCCCCACCUCCAGUACCAGGUGGUCCAAUGCCACUGCCAGUGCCACCUGUUGGAGGUUGGGCUGCUGGAAAAGCCAUGUUGAGGAAAAAUCCUGUGAACCCAACAGUACCUAUGAAACCUUUGUACUGGACUCGAAUUGUUGUGCCAGCGACAGAAAGUGUUAAGCAGCAGACAGCUCUGUGGGAAGAUCUGGAAGAAGCUAAAAUAGAAGACAUUGAUGAAUUUGCAAAUCUGUUCUCUCGACAAGUGACUGAACGGAAACCAGUGAAGAAGAAAGAAGAAAAGCCUACAAAGCAACAAGCAGCAAAACUACUCGACAGCAAGCGAUCACAGAAUGUUGGCAUUCUUUCAUCUAGCCUCCAUGUAGAAUUUUCAGAAAUAGAAAAUGCAAUAUACAAUUUUGAUACAUCAGUUGUGAACUUGGAAGCUCUACAACAGAUAUAUGAUUCUAGACCAACAGAAGAAGAAGUUUCUUUAAUUCGGAAUCAUAUUGCAAGUAACUCAAAUAUUCCACUUGACAAGCCAGAACAGUUCCUAUAUGAACUUGCAGAAAUACCAAAUUUUGCUGAACGCAUUGCGUGUUUCAUGUUCCAGUCUGAUUUUGAAGAUGGUAUGUCUUCUAUUGAAAGUAAACUGAACAAUUUAAAAUCAACUUGUCAGUUUCUAACAACAUCAGAGAGUCUGAAGACAGUACUCAGCAUUAUAUUGGCUCUUGGUAAUUAUAUGAAUGGUGGCAAUCGUACACGUGGACAAGCAGAUGGAUUUGGAUUAGAAAUUCUGGCCAAGCUACGUGAUGUCAAGAGCAAAGACAAUAGUGUUACUUUGCUUCAUUUUAUUGUAAGAGCAUACAUGAAAAAAUGUGAUGAUCCAUUAAAUCCUGAAAUGGCUUUACCUGUACCUGAACCAGGAGAUAUUGAAAGGGCAGCAGUUGCUAAUUUUGAAGACCUCACUGUUGACUUACAAAAACUAGAGAGGGACUUGACAGCAUGCCAAAAUAGAACACAAAAAGUUAUUAAGGCCUCUUCAAAAAAUAAUUUACAGCCUUUCAAGGAUAAGAUGGAAUUCUUUGUAACUAGAGCCAAGAAGCAGCUCCUUGGUGAAAAAGAAAAUUUAGAAGAAUGCAAGCAAAAAUUUUAUGGCACUAUGGAUUUUUAUCAGUACCAUCCAAAAGGUAAAAAAGAAGAUGUAACACCUAAAGAUUUCUUUGCUUUGUGGCUACCAUUUUGCCGUGAUUUCAAGGAUAUCUGGAAGAAAGAGCAGCAGAGAUUAAUAAAGGAAAAGUUACAAGAAGUGAAGCAGAAACGUGAGAAAAAACGAGAGAUAGAGAAAUCAAAAAUAACAGAUGGUGGAUUGAAAGCAAGAGUACAGAUGCGAGCAAAGAUGACACCGGUGAGUUGAGAAACAAGCCUACACAUUGUACCUCUUCAUCUGCAUGUGUACUCAUUCCUGUCAUUGUCAUUUCUGUUUGUGCUACUGCUUCACCGAGGUACUUUCAAAGCUAUGUAAAUAUUACAUAUGGUGCUAUUAAAUUAAAACAGAUUCAUUAUUUAUUAACACACUGUAAAUAGCUUGUAUUAUAAAUAAAUGUAAAUUUAGUGCUCUGUCA